AUCGUAUUAACGAAUAUCUUUUUUGACAUUGUUUCGAUGAGUGAAAAUAAAGAACACGAAAUGCAACCGUUGCUUUCGAUUUUAGACGAAUGAAAAAGACGUUCACAUCAAGUCUUUAUUUUCACCCGUAGAAAGAGCAUUCAAAGCACUAUGAUACACCUGCUGAGGAGAUGCAUCAUUUUCAAGUUUUUGUUGAUCACAAACAUAAGAUCGAUGAACACAAUCUGCAUUAUGAGAAUGGAAUUGUUCCAUUCAAAAUGGGACUGAACAAAUACAGUGAUUUGACACACGAAGAAUUCGUCGAGAGGAUGAGUAGACACAAGCCCAACAUACAUGAGAUCGAUACAGAUGAUAAGUCCUCAAUUUUUGUUGCAUUCGACGAUUUUCAACUACCAACUUCUGUUGACUGGAGAGAAAAAGGUGCUGUUACUGUAGUAAAAGAUCAAGGAUUUUGUGGUUCUAGCUGGGCCUUUUCUGCCAUUGGUUCGGUGGAAAGCCAAUAUGCUCUUAAAACCGGCCGUUUGCUGUCGUUAUCUGAACAAAAUCUCAUUGAUUGUUCGGGAAUAUAUGGAACCGAUGGAUGUACUGGCGGCCUGCCAGAACAAGCGUUCAAAUACAUCCAUGAUCAUGGUAUUUUCACUGAGGAAGCUUAUUCUUACGACGGUCACGAUCAUGAUUAUUGCAAAUUGACGGUCAGAGGUGUAAAGAAGCCAAAUGUUACCGUUCAUGGGUUUACACGUAUUUCAAGUGGUAAUGAAGAAGAUCUACAAAAAGCUCUUGCAAUCCAUGGCCCCAUUUCCGUUUCAAUAGAUGCAAAACAUCAUUCAUUUAAUAAUUAUGCUGAAGGUAUUUGGCAUGAACCAAAUUGUAGUAAACAUGAUGCGGACCUGAAUCAUGCUGUUCUUCUGGUUGGUUUUGGAACCGACGAGUAUGAUCGAGACUAUUAUAUUUUGAAAAACAGUUGGAGUAGUAGCUGGGGAGAAAAUGGCUAUUUUCGAAUGUCUCGAAAUCAAAUGAACUAUUGCGGCGUUGCAUCAAUGGCUGUAUUUCCAAAUAUUUGAUUGCAAAACCGUCAUAUGAUUUGAUUCUAUUUAAUUUUUCCCUAUAUAAUAAUUAAGCUGGUGAAAUAUAUAACAAUAAACGCAUGUGUAAUAUCUAAAAUAGUCCAAAUAAA